AUGGACUCCCAGAUCCGCCAGAACUACCACCGCGACUGCGAGGCCGCCGUCAACCGCAUGGCCAACAUGGAGCUCCACGCCUCCUAUGUCUACCUCUCCAUGGCAUUCUACUUUGAGCGGGACGACGUGGCGCUGCCCCGCCUGGGACGCUUCUUCCUGCACCAGUCGCACGAGGAGCGGGAGCACGCUGAGGGGCUGCUGCGCUUCCAGACGCGCCGUGGCGGCCGUGUGCUGCUGCACGACAUCAAGAAGCCAGAGCGUGACGCUUGGGGCUCGGCGCUGGAGGCGGUGGAGGCGGCGCUGCAGCUGGAGAAGUCGGUGAACCAGGCACUGCUGGACCUGCACCACCUGGCUGCCGAGAAGGGGGACCCCCACCUCUGCGACUUCCUCGAGUCCCACUACCUGGACGAGCAGGUGAAGGCCAUCAAGGCACUGGGGGACCACAUCACCAACCUGCGGCGCCUGGCUGGGGGCUCGACCCCAGGUCUCCCCGACGCGGUCUCCGACACGAUGUACGCCAGGCGAAUUUAUUGA